UUCCAGCGCUAUUAACUGCUAUUGGUGUUUUUAUUUUAAAUUACAGCCACAAAUAUAUAACAAAUAGGUAAUUCAUUUUAAACCGAGGCACGUGUUAUUGUGAAGUAUUGUUUGGCUAAAAAUGGGAUGUUACGUCUUUUUAUUUUCUUCAUAAAGUGUGUGCAGAAAGUGAUGUCGGUUGUUAGCUACUGCAGCAAGUUAUCUCACUAACAUCAAGUGUCAACCAGACAAGCAGCAACAUGAAAGUCCGCUCGUCUGUCUUCGCCUCGUUCAUGUUAAUAUUUGAAGUGAUUGGCAUUGCCCUGUUCCUGCGGGGGUUCUUCCCUGUUCCUCUCAAGUCUUCCCUCUCAUCCAAGAACAAGCUGUCAGAGCUGCCAGCCGAGCCGCUGACAGGUGAGCUGACAGGAAGAUCUCCCAACUCCUCUCGCCUCCCACAGCCGCUGUUUAAACGGGUGGUGGUGAUGUUAGUGGAUGCCCUGCGGGAGGACUUUGUGUUUGGAGCCAAUGGACGCAGGAACAUGCCCUACACCAGACACCUGGUGGAGAGGGGCUCCACGCUCAGCUUUGUGGCCAAGGCCAGACCUCCCACUGUCACCAUGCCCAGGAUCAAGGCUCUUACCACUGGCAGUAUCCCAGGCUUCAUUGAUGUGGUAAUGAACCUGAAUUCUCCUGCACUGCUGGAAGACAACCUCAUUUGGCAGGCCAAAACAGCAGGGAAGAGGAUGGUCUUCUACGGAGAUGACACCUGGGUGCGACUCUUCCCCAAACACUUCAUGGAGUACGAUGGCACGACCUCCUUCUUUGUAUCCGACUACACCGAGGUUGACAACAAUGUGACCCGUCACUUGGAUAGCACCCUAAAGAGAGACGACUGGGACAUCCUGAUCCUCCACUACCUGGGCCUCGACCACAUCGGUCACAUCAGUGGACCCCACAGUUCUCUCAUCCAGCCCAAACUACUGGAGAUGGAUGACAUCCUGAAAAAGAUUCACAGCGCCCUCAUUCCAAAGGAGGCAGAGGGAUCCUUGCCCUACCUGCUGGUGCUAUGCGGAGACCACGGCAUGUCGGAGACCGGCAGUCACGGAGGCUCCUCGGAGCCAGAAGUCAAUACGCCCCUGGUGCUCAUAAGUCCGGCCUUCAAAAGAAAAGUGGGGAUGGAGAAGCCUGGAGUGGUGGAGCAAGUUGACCUGACUCCAACCCUGGCUCUGGGACUCGGUCUGCCCAUAUCUCAAAACAGCGUUGGCCGUGUCAUCCCGGGUGUCUUGGAGGAAACCUCGCUCCGAGACCAGCUGCGAUUCCUGCAUCUCAAUGGCCACCAGCUCAGCUGCCUGCUCAAAGACAGCAUGCCCGACUAUGAGAAAGAGGCGGGCUUUGAGCAGUUCCGUGUGGCAGAAAAGGCUCAUGGGAGCUGGAUGAAGCUCUUUAUGGAGGGCAACACCUCUGAGGUGCUCUCCAACAUGGGCAACAAGGUCCUGAAGCAGUAUCUGGAAGCCCUGGCUGCCAUGAGCUCGGCCCUCAGCAAACAGCUGGGCAAGUACGACAUGUACUCCAUGAUCGCAGGCAUGGUGUUUGUGUUUCAGCUCCUGUUGGUCUUACUGCUGGCGAUGCCUGAAGCCCUCAGUAGUGAUGCAGCAGUAGAUCUUCCCGUCCUCUCGGCCCUGCUCUCCCUGCCUUUCUACCUCUUGUGCCUGCUGCUCGCCUCAGUGCACGUCUUGGUGUGCACGUCUGCCGAGAGCUCCUGUUACUUCUGCAGCCUCUCCUGGGGUCUCGUGUUUGCUGCUAUUGCAUUUUCCUCUGCAAUGUUUUGUAUUCUGGUCACCAUGGCAGCGCGGCGACUCCCCCUGGGACCAAAGAUUCACGGGAAGUCUCCACUGAGCAGCAGUGGCAGUGAGUGGUCGCUGUCGGAGCUGGAUGUGUUGCUGCUGGCCGGCACAGUCGGACACACUCUCAGCUUGGCAGCCAGCAGCUUUGUAGAGGAAGAGCACCAAACCUGGUACUUCCUGCUCAACACCCUCUGCCUCGCCGUCUUCCAGGACGUCUGCCGCAAGUACUUUAGAGAGCAGAAAGGCUCUGGAGAAGAAGAAGAGCCUAUCCUCCCUUCUAAAGACUGUCAUCCCACCGCUCACCCCAAGGCAGAGAUUUACUCAGAGAAGUGGCUAGCAUUAGCCACGCCACCCUUCACGCUGGUCUGCUGCCGACUGCUGCGCUCGCUCAAUCAGACCGGAGUGCAGUGGGCCCAUCUUCCCGAUGUGGGACAUUGGCUUAACAGCUCCGAACACAGGACAGUACUCUCCCUGCUGGCUGCUUUCUGUUUGGUUCUUAUCUACCUCCUGGUUCAAAGACGCUGCUCGUGGGUUUCUAAGGUUGCCCUCGCCCUCGGACUUUUGGGUGUCUACAGCUACCGGGCAGCUGUCGGCAAUGUCUGGUUUCCCUGGCAACACUCCAGUCGAACUACAUCUAAGGGAACAGUGGAGGCACGCUUUGUUUACGUCUUCAUCUUGGGCAUCCUCUUCACGGGCACCAAAGACCUGCUGCGAUCCCAAAUCAUCACAGCAGAUGCCAAGUUAAAGAGCAGGGGAUUGUGGGAGAUUUACAGCGGCUUGGUCUUAUUGGUUUCGCUAUUGUUUCGUGCUCACAACCUGCCAGUUCUCUGCUGCUGCCUGUUGAUCCAGACGCUCAUGGCUCAGUUCAUCUGGAAGAAGCUCCACUAUGACGCAGCCCAGACCACCAUCAUGCAUUACUGGUUCGGCCAGGCCUUCUUUUACUUUCAGGGCAACUCCAACAAUAUCGCCACCGUCGACAUUUCAGUCGGCUUCGUUGGACUGGAAAGUUACGUAGAAGCACCUGCCAUCUUCUUAACGGCCCUCAGCACUUACGCAGGGCCUCUGCUCUGGGCGUGUCACCUCGUCUGCUACCUCAGCGCAGAGAGAGACCGGAGCCCGGUUGCACUCGGCCAUGGCUGCUACUGUUUGGCCCUGCUGAGGUCUGUGCCAGCUGCAGCCUACAUUGUGCUGGUAACUGCUCUGCGGUACCAUCUCUUCAUAUGGAGCGUCUUUUCACCCAAAUUACUGUAUGAGUCUAUGCACCUGCUGCUGACUGCAGGAGUCUGUCUCUUCUUCAAUACGAUGGAGCAAAGCCACAGUUCCAGUAAGUCUUAGGGGGCCAAAGACGCACAUCUUCCCUUAGGGGAAGUCAAAGGGUCACAGACUGUGAGUAAGACUUUCAGACUGGUGCACACUGCAAUAUGCUUACCCUCACUGUGUAGUAUACUGAUCUGUUCACAAUAUGUGAACAGAUGCUUCACAAAGGCUCCUUCCUUUGGACUCUGUUUGUUUGGUUUGCAAGGAAACACUCUGAAAAAGCUAAACUACAAUGUAUUUUUCAGCCGUCUAUUUGAAUAUUUAAUUCUUUCCAAGGAAAAAUUAAUAAAAGUGUAAUGACAUAAAGAAGAUUUUUGAAAGAAAAACCCUUUUUUUAAUAUAUACAUUCAAUAUGUUAGCCUACCUCAGGGACUGUGAGCUGCAAUAAUGCAGAGUUUGAUGAUUUGGUUACAUGCAUAAUUGAUUGACUUAUAAAUGUGAUGUUUGGGUGCUGGGAGUUUAACUGUUCUCAACAGCUUAGUAAAGGUCUGCAUCCUCACAGGUGUUUUCAAUUAUUCUACCUGAUUAGAAGUUAGGUGGGAGUUUGGCUGAGCAGUGCUGCCAAUUACAUGAGGUCACCAAACUCAAUAGGGCUGCAGUCGAACAGUCUUUUUCCUAACUGAGUGAAAUGACCUGGAAGCAUCUAAGUGGCAGCCAUGAUAAGAGCUGGUCCAACUGUCUGAAUGCCUCAGUGCUUCCUUUCUCUCCUUUAUCUCCUGUGGCGUACACUAACCCUAACCCUGGUCCGUCCUUUACCACAGGAAAGGACAUAAGGCCGUCCCACAAGUCCAUGCAGCAGCAGCAUUUAGAGCAACACAACAAUUGGUAGUUAGAUUAACAAUUAUUUUUAUACAAUCAUGCAAAUUGGGAUUCAUGAGGAUAAAUAUGACAGGACAGGAGGGACACUUUUUUGACUGCUUGCUAGCUUAUUUCACCUACUUUAAUUUCACUUAUUUUUAGUAAUCCACUUAUUUACAACAAGCCUGUCUGGCAGCAACAUGAUAAACCGUUUAUCUUCUUCUGUUCAAUGGUGGAUGGCAACUAGCUUUUAAUGUGCAUAAGUGCCCACCUCUCUUGGUGUAUUGAACAAAUGUUACAUUCUAUCAAGAAAAAUAUUGAGUUAAUUAACAUUAUUGUCUUAUCACCUUGCCCAACUGGCACUGGUGGACUUGUGGGGGUUAUGCCCCCCUGGUGCCCCAAUGUUUAAAAGAGAACGCAGCGAAAGUGCCCUCUUAGAUGCCCCUUGUUGUCGAUUAAACAUGAUGAAGUGCACUGGUGCCCUUUUCAUUUUUUUCGCCCUU